GCAGGAGCUUCUGGGAACCGCCAUCUGAAGGCUACGUGUGCCACCUGGUCAUUCAAAUUGUCAAUUUUAGGUCCAGAAGUGUCCAGACCACAAGUUUCUGAAAACUCUGAAAAAAUGGCUCCCUCCGAGUUAAGCAAUUCUGAAAGGCAUUCUCUGGGAAAAGUCUGUGGAGAAGCGAGGGAUCUUCUUGAAAAUAAUGUGGUCUCGGGCAAAGACUCAGCAUCUUGGCUGUCUGCUCAAAAAAUGCCUAGACUCUUGGUGGAAAUUGAGUGUCGAGCUGCAAAACCUCGAAUGGCAGAUUAUCAUCAUUUAAGAGCGCCCAGACACCGGAAACGGCGGUUCCCUGAGCGCCCGGAGCUGGAGACACUCUCGAGCUCAGUCUUCGACAUCUUUCGAGGUCUGCGCUGGGCGGCCAUUGGCGGCGGAGCGUCACGUGACCGCGGGGGCGUGCCAAUGUGCGCCCUCACGGGUGUCAAGCCCCUGUCAGAGUGUGCGAUCAAGAUCGUGAAACAACGCGAUGCAAAAAGCGACCUACUACGACAGCUCGGCGAUCUACGGUGGCUACCCUUACCAGGCAGCCAAUGGGUUCGGUUAUAAUGCCAGUCAGCAGCCGUACCCGGCGUCCGCAGCACUGGGCGCCGACGGCGAGUACCACAGACCCGCCUGUUCGCUCCAGUCGCCCGCAAAUGCCGGGGGCCACCCCAAGGCGCACGAGCUGAGCGAGGCGUGUCUGCGCACCCUGAGCGGUCCGCCCAGCCAGCCCCCGGGCCUGGGCGAGCCGCCCCUGGCCCCGCCGCCGCCGCCCCAGGCCGCGCCCCCUGCUCCACCGCAGCCGCAACCCCCGCCGCAACCCCCUGCGCCUGCCCCUGCCGCGCCCCCGCCCCCCUCGUCAGUCUCCCCCCCUCAGAAUGGCAGCAGCAACCCCACCCCCGCCAGCGCAGCCAAGAGCCCCCUACUCAACUCGCCCACCGUGGCCAAACAAAUCUUCCCCUGGAUGAAAGAGUCUCGGCAAAACACAAAGCAGAAAACCAGCGGCUCCAGCUCAGGGGAGAGCUGCGCAGGUGACAAGAGCCCACCUGGGCAGGCGUCGUCCAAGAGGGCGCGCACGGCCUACACGAGCGCUCAGCUGGUGGAGCUAGAGAAGGAAUUUCACUUCAACCGCUACCUGUGCCGGCCGCGCCGCGUGGAGAUGGCCAACCUGCUGAACCUCACCGAGCGCCAGAUCAAGAUCUGGUUCCAGAAUCGCCGCAUGAAGUACAAGAAGGAUCAGAAGGGCAAGGGCAUGCUGACAUCAUCAGGGGGCCAGUCCCCAAGUCGCAGUCCCGUGCCGCCCGGCGCUGGCGGUUAUCUUAACUCUAUGCAUUCGCUGGUUAACAGCGUCCCGUACGAGCCCCAGUCGCCCCCGCCUUUUUCCAAGCCCCCCCAGGGCGCCUACGGGCUGCCCCCCGCCUCCUAUCCCGCACCCCUGCCCAGCUGCGCGCCCCCGCCGCCCCCGCAGAAGCGCUACACCGCCACGGGGGCGAGCGCGGGGGGCACACCCAACUAUGAUCCGCACGCGCAUGGCCUGCAGGGCAACGGCAGCUAUGGGACUCCACACUUACAGGGAAGCCCCGUCUUCGUUGGGGGCAGCUAUGUGGAGCCCAUGAGCAACUCUGGCCCGCCCCUCUUUGGCCUAACUCACCUCCCCCACGCCGCCUCGGCUGCCAUGGACUACGGGGGCGCUGGGCCGCUGGGCAGUGGCCACCAUCAUGGGCCCGGGCCAGGGGAGCCGCACCCCACCUACACGGACCUUACCGCCCACCAUCCUUCUCAGGGAAGAAUUCAGGAAGCCCCCAAGCUCACCCAUCUGUGAUGGUGGGCUCGGGGCUGCGCGCCAGGAGAGUCCCCACCCCACCCCCGCUACCUACCUUUCUUCUUCGUUUGCUUUUUUUGUUUUGUUUGUUUAAGGUUUUUCCCGCCCCUCCCUUUUCUCUCUCCUCCGCCCCCCAUUCUCCCCACCCCCCGUUUUGUUUUCUUUGGUAACACGUUUUUAUAGUUUAUGUGACGUAGCAAUCUUGGUUGCUGGAAUGGCUGUCAGUAUCAGUAGCGAUAUUUAUCUCCUCCCGCCCCUCGCUCGGCCGCUGGCCCUGCACCUUUACCUUCUCUACUCUUUGAUCAGAAACAGGGUAUAUGAACAAAUUUUCUAGCCAAGUUCUUUGAUGUGAAUUUGUUCGUACAUUAUGGCUCCCGAGGGGAAGCGAUUACUUUUUUUUUUUUUUAGUUUUUAGUAUUUUUUUAAAUUGCACUUCUUGUAAAGAGCGAGAAAAAAAUCAAAGGCGCUUUGAAACAGGGGCUCCCUGUGCAAGGAUGACUAAGUGUACGUCUUUCCGUGUGUGUAUGCUGGUGAACAGUCAGAUUUAUUUAUAUUUUUUUUGCAAGCAUUGAAUAAGUUUUAAAUAUUAUUUAUCCCCAUCCGUUCGUAUUUAUAUUAAAGAAAUUCUGUACCCUGAUUGUUCAGAAGGUUUCUUGGCCUUUUGUUCAAUGGUGUAUUGGCGUACAUAGAAAAAAAUUUUAUUCGAAAGGGAAAUAGAAUUCCUUUAUAAAAACAGUAACGAUGCAAUAAUACCAGAGAGGAUCCAGCUUCUGAAAACAGUGAUUUAGGUUUGUAACAUUAAGCGAAACUGAAAAAAAAAAUCUGUAA